CUAGAAGAAACGGUUCGCACUGUGCGUGUUGCACCAAAUCCGAGAGAAACUCUCUGAUCGUCGCGGAUCAACGAAUCAGUGCCAAUCAAUAAAUAAUCAGUGAUAAGCAAUUCAAUUCAUUGAUGUCAGUUCUUUUAUGAAACAAAGUUCGUUGACUUUUAUGAAACAGUCAUCCGUUUUCGUUUCAAGAGAAUCGAUUGCAACAGAGAUCUUUUCAGAGAAAGAAAGGUAUACCACCAGUUAGACAGUAUCCAAUCAAUUUUUUAAUGCACGUUUCAUACAAACACCGAGAUUGGAAGAAAUGGACGAUCCCUAAAAUAAAUGUUCUAUGAAACUUAAUUUGAGACGCGGUGAGAGAUGCCUAUUGAAAAUCACGACCAGCUGUCAAGCGGCGAAGGCGAAAGAAGAGGUGGUAGUAGCGGAAGUGCUCCAAUGGAGCACAGGGAGCUCUCGAGAGGCGGCCGAGGCGAGCCGGAUCUUCGUAAUCGCGGAACGAUGGCUACAAUGAUUCCGCUUCUACGUACCGGUCAGUUUACGUCUGCUACGCAAAAUCAAAAAAUUGCCAAAACUGAGAAAAAUCGACAGAGAUUGAUUAUGAAGAAUCGCGGCACCGUCACAACGAUUGUUGACCUCGUGAAGAAAGAAAAGAUCGGCAAACAAGAGGAAGAGGUGUUACAAAAUAAUUGGCGAAUGUCGACUGCUAACUGCUCGGCUAUCGCGCAAUACGCCGAGAAAUUCGGUGAUUCACAUCGAGAUGAAAAGAAAAACGCGAAAACCCGCCGGGACAGACCGCGCACAACGGAGGGUCGCGUAUCGUGCGGUUCAUCGUCGACGAUAGAGGCAGCGGCAACGGUAGCGACAGCGGCGGCGGGUAUCGAAGUGAAAGGCGUCGCCAGUGUAUGGAGUACACAGAAAGGAUGGCAGUCGCCAUCACCCCUGUUGUCGCGCAGGUUAGACUCAGGCGCCGCAGCAGCGUCUUUCAACCCCGUCGUUGCUGCCGCCACCUCACAGAGAUGCGCUGUGAAGGGCGCCGUCGCUGUCGAUGCCGCAGCGCCGUCGAGACUGCAGUGUAUUUAUCAGGAUCGUCCUCUUAUCAUUGAGACUAGCAAGGAGGAUGCCAUGGAGCCAGAGACUAAGGAGGAAGACGAACGAUGCUCGAUAACGCCAAGUCCCGAGUUAUGCUUGAGGAGAAGUAAAUAUUACAAUGAGGAUGGUAGCAGCGAGGAAGAAGCUAAACAGAAUAGCACUUCCCUGCCUAGCCAUAGACUACCGUCUUUGUAUCGUGGAACAUGGCCCAUCAGAAGAGACGUAUGGGCUAAUCAGCAAAUUGGCUUUCCGACUCAGCAGAGCACAUCACUUUCUACACAAAAUGAUGUGGCCAGCGUAAUAAGUUUCUCAUCAUCAUCGAAUGCGGGUCUCGAAGACAACUCCACGGAGCUGCAAGGUCAUCGUCGACUAGAUGCCAAGGUGGACGUGGUGUACAAUCUUCUCGGUAUGCUCGAAAAGAAUGGUCGAGAUGAUAUGAGCACGACUUUGCUUUCUAUGAGUACUUCCAUAGAUAGUUGCCUGGUAAUGAGACAGUCAGGCUGCCUACCGCUAUUAGUGCAACUGAUUCACGCACCUGGACAAAAUCCUGACACUCGAAAUAAAGCUAUGCAGGCAUUACACAACGUGGUGCAUGCCAAAAGUGACGAGAGAGCUGGUCGCCGGGAAGCACGAGUGCUUCGAUUCCUCGAGCAAUUGCGUGACUAUUGUCAGAAUCUGAGAAUAUCUUUGGAACAGGAUCAGCUCACGGAUGACCUCGAGAGGGGACACCCUGCGACGACGAUAGCUGCGCUUAUGAAACUAUCUUUCGAUGAAGCUCAUCGCCACGCAAUGUGCCAGCUGGGCGGCCUUCAUGCCGUCGCGGAACUCAUUGAGAUGGACCAUUUGAUUCAUGGUAGCGAAAGCGAUGAUCAAAAUUGCAUCACAUUGCGACGAUAUGCAGGAAUGGCAUUGACCAACUUGACUUUCGGCGAUGGCAAUAAUAAGGCACUGCUCUGUUCCUUCAAGGAAUUUAUGAAGGCGUUAGUUUCGCAAUUGAAAAGUCCCAGCGAUGACCUGAGGCAAGUGACAGCGAGCGUUUUAAGAAAUCUAUCCUGGCGUGCCGAUAGUAACAGCAAACAGACUCUGAGAGAAGUAGGUGCGGUGACAGGCCUGAUGAAAGCCGCUAUGGAAGGCCGCAAGGAAUCCACCCUCAAAUCAAUCCUAUCCGCUCUGUGGAACUUGUCGGCCCACUGCAGCACGAAUAAAGUGGAUAUCUGCGCUGUGGAUGGCGCUCUAGCCUUUCUUGUAGAUAUGCUAAGCUACAAGGCGCCGUCUAAGACGCUUGCGAUAGUCGAAAAUGCCGGUGGUAUUUUGAGAAACGUAUCGAGCCAUGUGGCAGUACGAGAGGAUUAUCGAACCAUUGUGAGAGAGAGGGGCUGUCUACAAGUUCUCCUGCAACAGUUAAAAUCGCCCAGUUUGACAGUAGUCAGUAAUGCCUGCGGAGCGCUCUGGAAUCUGUCCGCGCGAUGUACUCAGGAUCAACGUCUCCUUUGGGAUCUGGGUGCUGUACCGAUGUUACGCAGUCUCGUUCACUCCAAGCACAAAAUGAUUUCGAUGGGUUCUAGUGCAGCCUUAAAAAAUCUAUUGAGCGCUAGACCUGGUUGUAACAAUCUCGUCCACUUAGACUCUACCGCUCGAGGACUGGGACUGUCAACCUUGCCAAGCCUGGUCGCUCGCAGGCAGCGGGCUCUAGAGCAGGAAAUCGACCAGAAUCUGGCGGAAACGUGCGACAAUAUCGAGCCGAGCACAUCGCCAACCAAUAAAAACGAAAAAUUCACAUUCAAACUUGAUCAUAGCUUUCUUGGGAUCAAUACUCACAGAUUGCGCUCUUAUCAGUUGCACAGUCAGCCUAGCACGUCUACUAUCAAAUGCAAUGGAGUAGCCAGGAGCGAGAGUAGAGAUUCGAUGCGUUCUGUGACGAGCACCCAUUCCGACACUAUAUUCGAACGGGUAAAUCGUCAUGUUCUGAAUGGUAUAUCGCCCACCGAUUCGCAGAUCAAGCAACAAUCCUCAUCGUUGCAUUCUGCUAUCGGAUUCUGCAACAACGGUGUAUGUGGCGAUAUUCAUCCGAGAACCACUUCCUCCGAGAGAAAAUACACCCUGUGUUAUAAAAACGCAAUACCGGAACAAUUAAAACCUUCCGAUGUUUUCGGUUCGACAUUAAACAAGCUGAGAUGCACGAAUUCUACUAUAUCAUGGGCCACAGUGCCUAAUCAAGAACCCACUCAGAUCUCGUUACACUCUUCCAUCGAGAACAACAUAUCUCUGAUCGAUCAAAUGUCAUCCUUAUCCAAAGCUGAUAGUCAAUCUAGCGUGUCCGAGGAAGUUGAAGCGACUGUUCAUAUUAAAUUGGAUUAUCGAACAACCACAAAUGCAAUUGUCGACAAUUCAAAGCCAACCUCCGACUUGUCUGAUGUUCCUUCUAUGAAAGAAAGCACGAGAAAAGUCUUAUUGCGCCAACAUGACACGUUAAAUAGUGUUCAAAAAACAAUAUCGUCCGCAAUGAUCAUUCAAAGCCCGGACGAUAAUUUAUUCGGUGAUUAUGCUGAAACAGAUUUGGAUCAACCAACCGAUUAUAGUUUGCGGUAUGGCGAGCAAACUAUAGACGACGAGAAGCAAUCCGAUUUCUUCUCAGGCAAUGAUCAAGAACUUCAGCACGAAGAUACAAUCAAAACUUACUACACGGAGGGAACGCCGCGUGCAUCCUUGAACUCGUCCAGAGCCACUUCCGCUUCUGAUCUGCAGGAUGAUAGUCGUAUAAGGAGCUUGUCGAAAAAAUUACCAGAACGAUAUAAGGCAAGACAUGUAGAAGAUCAUAGUGAAUGCAAAGCGCCGUCCUUGACGAACGUACCAAAAAAUUUGAACAAUUUCGCCAAAUCGAAAAUGGAGUUGAAUUUACGAGAUGUAACACAUCUUACGGACGAUGAAAGUGCAAAUCGUUUGUUACCAUAUCUUGAAGAUCAAGGCAAGCAAAAAAAUCGAGAAGAUGCAAUUGUGCAAAGUCAAUCAAGUGUAAGAACGACGCCAAUUUCAAUGAUAUUAGGAAAUUCUGAAUAUGACGAUCAUAAUGGGGAAUCCAGCUCUAGGAUUAAUAGUCUUGAUCAAGUUAGCGACGGAGACGAGGAUGAUGAGGAUUUACUAGCUGCUUGUAUUAAUAUUGGAAUGCAAAAUAAUCGGCAUAGACAUUCCUUUAUAGGAAAUAAUCUCGAAAAACUUCCUCGAUUAGAAACUAAUCUGACUCGAUAUCAAACUAGUCUUGCUUUAAAUCAAGUCGAGCAUAAAGGAAUUGUAAUGUCCAAUAGUUCACCGUUUAAUGUAAAGUACAUAGAGUCUCAUGAAAACACAGCUGAAAACAUUUUGACAAAGAAGAAUAGAGAAGACAAGAAAGAUAAUAAUGAAAAACUAUCUAAAAAAAAUCUUCAAUUGGAAACAAUAACGACAAACAUGAAUAAUAUACAUAAUGAGAAAUCAAAUAACACUACGACCAUGAAAACAGUAAAUGGUAAUAAUUUCAGCAAUAAUUUCUCAGAAGAGGCAAUAUCUAUAUUACAGACAUCUAAUACAUCUUUAGAUAAAAACGUUUCCAAUGAUUUUGUCAUAAUUGAUGAACGUGGCAGAGAUCAAAAUAACUCCAUUAGAGUAGACGAAGCAAUAAUUGAUAAUGUUCGACUCACAGAUAUACCAUUUAUGAAGCAAUCAAAAGAUUCUGAAAGCAGCGAAUCGAUCGAUUCUGUCGAGCAGUCUGAACAUGCACUUUUAAAACUAUGUAUUCAAUCUGGUAUAAAAUCCGAAGGUAACAUCACAUUGAACCAAAGUAACGCAGAUUAUAUUAAAUCACAAUUAAAGCUAUACAACAAACAAAUGGACAUUAUAAAAGAAAAAAAUAAUGAUGAAACUGAGAUUGAAGAUAAUAUGAAUGGUAAACCGGAAACAACCUUUGAAAUCAUGAGAACCCUAGAUGUUCUUCAUCGUGACUGCAUAGAAAAACAUACAAAAGAAGAGACAUAUAGACGACAGAGAGAUCCCGAUGCUAUGAUUGCUUCAUUAGAUCGAUUGACUGCAACACUGGUUCAACAAACUGAAGCGAUACGUGAACGAGAUUCCGGUACAAUGAAACAGAGUCUAACGUGCGACACAUGGAAUGAAGAUUCGCCCAAUGACAUUUCCUUUCCCAGUAUCAGCAUGAGUGCACCGUUGGUUGCUUCAUUCAACAGCGACGCACAGGAAGAUCAGCGUACUACUAUAUCAGAAAAUACCGAGCAGAUUAACAUGACAGAGUCAAAAAUCAUCCAACGCGAGGCUAUCAAAUUAGCAGAAGCGGUGGACGCAGAGAUAAAUAACCAGAAUGAGCUCGAAACAACGAGUCUGAUAUCCAUCGAGGCGAUCAAACCGCCGUCCUCGAUGGGAAGUUUAUUUUCACUGACGGCAAGUUACGCUGGUACUGCUGAUAACAUUGAGACGUUGAUCAACCGAGAUAGGUGUUAUUCUACGUCGCUGCCACCGGCGCCAGUGAGAAAUUUCAAUGAUUCUCGUAACGUACGAAAGAAAUCCUUGCCAAUUGGCGUGGUAGCUAAGCGAGCAUUGGGUCAAGGUCAGAGCCACACGACUAGCUUGGAAAAUCUGCUGAACGAAUGCACCAGCUCACAUUUGGAGAAUGUCAAACCACCAUCCAUGAUGGACGAACUACCGGAUGUAGGUGAUAUGGAGAAUAGCAUGUUAAGCGUGGCUAGCAUUACAUCGGAGAUCGCGGAUUCGAAAGAACAAGACUCGCAUAAUUUGACUGGCAGCGAUCCAGUAGUGUUCGAAAUGCUGAAACCAGUUGCCAACGUGCUGUCCAUGACAUGCAUGCGUUAUGUCGAGGGUAUGCAAAACAGUACGAAUAACAGCCUGAGUGAAUAUUUGGAGAAUAUCAAUCCACCGUCCUUAUUCAAUGAGGUGACUGAAAUGGACGAAUCCACGAUGGAAGCAACUACCGACAUCAUGUGCAGCGACACUUUGUGUAUAGAUAUGGAGUUGCACACUGAUGAAGUAGUGCACUCGAUCGUAGCGGAGGUGAUUGAUGAAGCAGAGAACGAUACUGACGAGGCAGUCACGCCAAUCUCAUCCGAAAAUUGCGUCAGCAGUUCCGCUGAAUCGACGCCGAAGAAACGAUCACAUUCGAAAAGCUAUUUAACUCCGAAACAAAAACGAAACUUAGCGAAAGAGAGAUACAAGACAUAUACCAUUGCUGCAGAAAUCAUCAAGAAAAAAGAGGAAGAACGACGAAAACAAGACGAUAUUGUCAACGAUGCGGAUAAUAGAAUUCCAAAUAGAAAAUGUUCUCCUUUCUCGAAACUAACGCCAAAACAACGCAGGGCAGAGAAUAGAGCGAGAUUCCAGACACAAGUACUAGAGAAUCCUUUUCCGGAUCUGAACGUAGUUCAAACUAAUAAGACCAUUGAAGAGCUCAACGCUGUUGAGAAACAGGAAGUUAUAUUCCCCGUCAAGUCUUCAAUUCCUAUGCUUACGAAAUUGCCCGUGUGUAAAGCAAUGAGAAGGAAACACGGGGAUUCGCAAGAAAACAAGGAGAGAUAUCGUACAAGAACGUUGAACAAUUCAGAAACCGUCUUCAAAGAGAUCGAAUGCAAUUCUGAACAUCAAGCUUCGAUCAUUAAUAUAAUGGAAGAGGGGCAAGCAAGUGCGCAAGAAUACGUACAGGAGGAAAUUCAAAGCAUGCUAGAACAGAAUGCCACCAUGCUAAACACUCUAAAUGAAUCAAAUAAAACUAAUGAUUCAACCGCAAAUACUUUGCGUUGCGAGACUACUUUGGCAUUGAAUGAUUCCGAGUCAAAUCAUAAUCUAAGAAUACGUUUCGUAAAUGGACUUUCAAAAAAAUUAAUAAGUACACAAUACGAUAACGAUACCCAAAUUCCCAUGGCGAAUAUUGAUAAUGAGGAAUUGCAAAACGAGCAUAUAGAAAUCGCUUAUGAGAAUCUGAGCUUAACAAACCCAGUUGAUUCAGGCAGUGAUGAGGAAUUCAAUUGUGUUGAUAAAGGACAAGAACCAAAAAAGGCACGAAUAAUCAAGCCGUCAACGUUAGAUCGAGAUCCGAGUAUGGAUUCCACUGGGACAGAUAAAUCUGAGCCAGAAAGUCCAAAAGCUAUUCGAGGGCGAAGAAAGGCACUAUAUUCCAACCCAAUAACACGAAAGCCGACCCCACAAUCCUCGCCAUUGAAGCAAGUAAACCCUGUCAGCGGGAUACCAAUAGGCCGCAGCAAUACUUCACCUAUUGUUAGAGCUACUAGAGCUAUUAUUUUGCGAAAGAAUAAUAAUAGUACAAUAGUUGCUAUGAAGGACUCUCCGAAAUCUAAUACGAAGAGAACUUCGCUUUCUGCGGACGUAGAGAAGACACGAAAUUUAGCGACUGUUUCCAAAAGGGCCUCCAUACCUCAAAGGGGAUCCAUGUUAAUUUCCACUAAACCCACUAAGCGUCAUAGUACACCUCCGGCUUGCUCAUCGAACUAUCAAAACGAUAGCAAAUCGUCAGAAGUCCCAAUUAAGCUAUUAGAACGUCAAGGAACUUUUACAAAGGACGAGCCAGAGGUAGACAAUGCACCGACAGUGCAUUCCGCGUCAUCUUCCCCAAUAAAGACGAAGAUCGCCAAACCAAUUAGAGAUGUUUCAUCAAGGAUAUAUUCGGCAACGGGAAAAUCCAAAUCCGUUUCCAUGAAAACGCAACAAGAGUAUCAACCAAAAAUUAUGGUUAACAGUUCCAAAAAGAUACAAUCAUCUAAAGGAUUGUUAAUGGUAUCGAAAAAAAUAUCAUCUGGAAAAAUAGGUAUAUCAACAAAAAUUGUUAACGGUAAUGUGUUACAGAAUGACAAAACUGUGCGAAAGAUCAAUCCACUGACACAACGAUCUAAUAGUAAUUCCAGUAUAAUUUCUAAUUCACCUAUGAGCGUACAAAAUCGUAAGUUGGCGAAGGAGGCAACGAGUAAGAUUGCAAAUCUUUGGAAGAAGGUCGAGGAGAACAAGAAUAAGCAGCGUUUCGAGAAACCGGACACUAGGCAAUGGAUAAGGCCCACUAAUAGCGCCACCGAGGUAAACGUCGCAACCGCUGGCACGUUUAAUAAUCCACCAGCAUACAGACUAUUCCGCAGUUCCACGUUCGAGGGAAUUUCCCAGGAGGAUGGCAGUAACAGCGAGAUAUCCUACAAAUCCAAAUCCAACCAACAACCAGUUUUAGGCACGCAGAUAGAAUGUGACGGUCUCAAGUACAGGAAUUCUCGCGAUUUUACAGAUAUAAAUGCCUAUGAAGCGCCUUGCAAGAUACCAGUGAAAUCUUCUGUACAAGAAACGUACAAACGGGAAAUCACACAGUUGAGUGAUAUUCUAAUGAAGAAGCAACCGAGUGCUGACCUCGCAGCAGAAGCGGAUCUCACCAAAAGAAUAUCCAGACUUGGUUCCUUUAUUCGAGUGGACUCAAUGACAACAGCAGAGGACAGCAGUAGCGACAUGCGGAUGCCAGCUUCAGCAAUCGUAUCGCCUUUCAACUACAAUCCAAACUCAGACAUUCCAUCGCAAGCGGCCAAAACUAAAUCGAACGAGGAGCAGGGUAAAUUAGAAACGAUAGAUUGCUAUACAGAAAUAGCCACAGAAUCCACUCGGAUAACGACAGUAUAAUAGAAAGACGUACCUCUCCCUCUCCCCCCCGUAAACAAAACAUAAAUAAGUUCUGUAAUAAUCGUCUCUUUUUCCUGACUAGUCAUUGUGCAUAUUCGCUUGCUAUAAUAAUAAGUUUGCUCGCACAUUCGUCAUAUGUGAUAUGCACACAAAUAAAUAAUUUUAAUCUUUUUCUUCUUUGUCUCGUUACGUGGCGUGUACAAGUUCUUUUACUUUUUUUAUCCAGAAUAUAAAAUAGUUAUAAUAAUAUACCAUAAUCUUGUAUGCGAUGCCAACUUCUUCA